GUCCUUAAUUUAAACUUACUGAAAGACUGGUGAAAGUCACUCAAAGUUAGUUACAAAAUGGCAGAUUAUAAGCCAGGUGACGUACCCUUGGUGGAGACCGAUGAAAGAAAAUUGUUUUGUAAAUUUCACUACAAAGGUGUCCUCAUUUUGUUGAUACCCUUAGUCUUUGCAGGCCUUUUGGCGGGACAACCUGUUUUGGUGUUUCGCUUUAUUUACUUAACGAUUUGCCUGUAUCUGUUUUACAUCCUCAAUUUGAUGGCCAGAGGUGCCGUGGCCUUUAUAUAUAUAACAUUCAUACCCAUUGCCGGCAUUGCAUCCUCGGGUCCUGUAAGUUUGGCAUAUUAUCCGGAUUUGCUUUUUCUAGUCUACGGCACUAUCAUGAUGGGCGCAGUGAUGGACUCCUCGAGGCUCAGCGAAUAUCUUGGCUUCAGCAUCAUCAGUAUCGUUGGCGGUAGUUAUAUUAAGCUUCAGUUUGUUCUAGCCUUUGUGGUUUUUAUAAUCUCCUUUUUGGUGGAUCCCACGGUAGGUGCCGCCUUUGGAAUGAAGCUGGCUCAGGCCGUCGUCAACGAGUACGACGCUGCUAACAUUAUUAGAAAAGAUUCCGAGGAAGAGCGCUACGAGGUAGGAGCAGUACCAUACCCAACGCGUCCUGCAAUCGGCAUUUACCUAACCUGUUGCUAUAUCUCCUCCUUGGCUGGCAGUGUGUCCCCCUUCGUGAAUCCCAAUGGCAUAAUUACGGAGUAUAAUAUCAAAAUACAGCACAUCAUCUUGAUCAUGGUGAUGCCGUGUAUUUUGGGUAUCUGUAUCGUGAUCCUCUGGCUCCAAGCCAUGUUCAUGGGUCGGUUCGGGGGCAGAGUCAGGCGCGACACGGCGGAACUGGCUGUCAACCUACCCGGCUUCCAGGAGGCUGCCGCUAAUAGGAGAAACGCUUUGGGCCCCUGGAAUGCUUAUGCCAUAAUUGUCCUCAUACUGAUACUCAUAUUAUUUGUCCUUUUGCACACCCGAAAGCCUCAGCUGUACAUUGCCUGGGAGAAUAUAGGGAAUGGACUUGAGUUGGGUCCCGCAGUUCCAGCAGUCUGCAUCGGCGUCAUAUUCUUUGCGAUUCCGGCAAACUAUUUAUUCUGCCGUUACUACGUCUGUCGGGAGCCCGAAAAGCCGGGCACUACUCCGUCUCUGCUCAACUGGAAGGCGUUGAACAACAAUAUUCCGUGGGCCGAUAUCUUCAUGCUGGGAGCAGCCAUCAGUUGUGUCUUCUGUGCCGAACAGAGUAAUUUCUAUGGAAAAGUGGCAGACGCCAUGACGGGACAUGAGCGAUUAGAUGUCGUCCAGUUUCUCUGUGGCGCUGGCAUGGGCACCCUGUUCUCGGCCCUAUCUCCGUCCACAGCGCUGGCCAAGAUAGCUCUACCUGUGCUGAACAUGGCAGGCUUCAGCUUUGCCCUACCCUUUACCACGGCUCUGCACAAUGAAGUUCUUCUGCCCAUCAGUUCGCCGGCCAACAUGAUCGUCGCCGGCUGGGGCAACAUCAGACCUUUCCAGUUUUUAAUAGCUGGCAUAAUUCCGUCGUUUCUUAUUAUGCUCUUAACUGCCGCCUCCACAAUGAUUUGCUAUGAUAUGGUGGUGCCUAAACCUUAGAUUCUUAAUUAUAUAAUU